AUGGCCGCAUUCCUCACCAAAUUCACAAGAAUCCCUCUCAGGGACAUCUCAAAAGCCGCUGACUCGCUUUUCCCUGAGCUCAACGCUGAGGCCAAGGCUUUGGCUGCUCAGUUCACCACUUUAUCCAACAGACUCAACGAGCAGGAGUCCUUGGUCACCUUGAACAACAACUUGAGAACCAAAACUUUCAUUGUGGGCCACACGCCUGCCAAGGUUGACUUGGACGUUUUCGCCAAGGUUUUUCCUGUGGCUCACCAGUGGAAGCUGGCCGAGGAGUACGCUCAGUUCAGACACAUCCUCAGAUGGGCCGAUUUGGUUCAGAACACCCUUGUGGAGGUGCCUGAGGAGGAGCAGUUGAAGAUCGACUUGGACAAGGAGGUGCCACGUGAGAUCAAGGAGAAGAAGAAGCCUGCCAAGGAGGGCCAGGCCAAGGAGGCUCCAAAGGAAGCCGCUAAGGGUGCUCCUAAGGAGGUUGCUAAGGAUGCUCCCAAGGGUAAGAAGCCACUUUCCGAGGAGGACAAGAAGGCUUCUGCUGAGGCCGCUAAGGCCAAGAAGGCCGCUAAGGCUAAGGCUAAGGCUGAGCAACAAGCCAAGCAGGCUGCCGCUGCUGUUCCUCCUAACCCAGGCAUGAUUGACCUCAGAGUUGGUUUCAUUCAGAAGGCUGUCAAGCACCCAGACGCCGACUCCUUGUACAUGUCCACCAUUGACAUGGGAGACGAAGAGGGACCCAGAACUGUGUGCUCUGGUCUUGUCAAAUACAUCCCAUUGGAGGACAUGCAAGAGAGAUACGUUGUGUGUGUGGCCAACUUGAAGCCUGUGUCCAUGAGAGGCGUCAAGUCGACUGCCAUGGUCUUGUGUGCGUCUAACGAGACCACUGUGGAGUUUGUGAACCCACCUGCUGGUUCCAAGGCUGGUGACAAGAUCUUCUUCGAGGGCUACAACGCCACGCCCGAGAAGCAAUUGAACCCUAAGAAGAAGGUCUGGGAGGCCGUUCAGCCAGGCUUCUCCACCACGGAAAACUUCGAGGUUACUUACACUGAGGAGGGUAAGGCUCCAGCUAAGUUGGUGAACGAGAAGGGCGAGCUCUGUAAGAACAGCACCAUCGUGAAGGCCGAGGUGAAAUAA